CGGUAAUUGAAUCGAACCGAAGACGAUCACAUGACUCUUCUGACUGCCCCUACUCAAAAGUAGAGACAGUAAGAAAAGUCAUAUUCCGAACAGUAAAUGGAGUAGCCUGAAGUCUAUUGUCACGUGACAUCUUGUAUGAUCUGCGACUGUUCAUCGUCAGAUGCAAACGACGGCACUGGUAUCCAGUUUCCUUGGCGCGGCUCUUCAAAUUUAUCAAAAUGGCGCUCAACAAGGAGCGAAGUCUGCGAAGACUUUAAGAAAACCGCUAUGGAGUCGAAAAGAAAACGGUUGUCUAUGAAUAAAUCUGAAAAUAAGCAAGUAAAGAAGCUGAAAGAAGAAGAUAAAGGUGUUGAAAGUUUUACAGCACCGAGAAAGGGAGAAAAAGUGAAUAACGCAAAGAAACGCCCGCUAUCUGGCCCUAUCGUUAGCUGUUUUCUUAAACAACAACAACAACAACAACAACAACAACAACAACAACAACAACAACAACAACAACAAACAAAAAGCGUGACAUGUCCUAUGUGUAACAGUCUGGUGCUAUAUAAAAACAUCAAUCAACAUUUAGAUGAUGCUUGCCAAGAGAGAAAUGAAAGGAGUUUGUCCAGUCUACAGGGUAAGCAUCUGGUUAUGGGGUGGGAAGGCUGAGGGUGUGAAUGUGAAUUUAUAACGCCAGUGUUAAUUCAGUAUUAUAAGUGUGUUAUAGUACUAGCAUGCACAGGCAGAAUGUCUUCUUUGCAAAAUGUAUGCGGAAAAUCUUUCACGCACCCAAUAAAAACACAGUUCUUAACAAUGCAGCACCUUCUGUUAUCAGAGUGAGGAAAUACUGUAUUUAUGGGCGUGGCACGCAUUUUUUAGUGUUAGCAGUGCGGCAUAAUAUGAGGGCGGCACUUGUUCAAGGACAGUGCUCUUUAUAUAAUAUUUCAUUUAUUUUACAUAAUGGCAAUAACAAGAAAUAUUAGAAACAAAAUAUCAAAACACUGAAAAAUGUUCCAACGCUUAUUAAAGGUGAUCUACAGUCCGUAUGUAAACAAAGCCUUUGUUUACAUUUUUGUGUCCAAAAUAUUGAGCUUUAUUCGACAACUAUUUAUAUUUUCAAGCUUCUAGCGUAUAAUAAAUGAUCAAGAAACAACAAUCAGGCUUUUCAAGAACUCAAAACAUAGUUAAACUGUUUGUAUCUUAAAAAGUGGGCUCAUUUGUGCACAUGCGCAGAUCGGACUGUAGAUCACCUUUAAAGAUUAGAACCUCAUUGCAACAAUUUUUCAAACAGUGCUUUGAUUAAGCGCCAUGUUGUCAGUAAAGUGCGGUGCUUAUUUGAAGGUGGUGCUCUUUAAUAACAUGUAAAUUAUAUGGUAAUAUGUGUAUUCUUUUCAUUAUAUGUGCUUGUAUUAGCAGAUAAAUAGAAUUAAGAGAUGUGGUUUCAUUUUCUUGCUCUUACUGUAUAAUGUUAAUGGCCCUGCUGGCUUGCAAUUAAAAUGCAUCACGUUUAUAAAUGUUAUAGGCUGUGCAUUUGAAAUGAAAGAUGCUGACUUGGUUUCAACUCCAAGAGAGAAAAAGUUUAUUGCUGGCCCUGAAAGUAAUGCUCCUGCAGUAACAUUUCAGGAUGACUUGGAUGCAAUAAUUGUGUUAGAAAGUGAUGAAUUACCUAAUGUGGAAAAGGAUGAGAGAUUACAUAAUGAUGAAGUGAUAAGUUCGAUUAACAAGUCAUAUCUUCAUAAUUUCAUGUUGAUCAUGACAACAGUUUUCUCACAAAAAGAUGACAAAGAGUUAUUCAAUGAUAGUGACAAUACUGUGGUGAAUUCUUUCCAAGAACUGGGCGAUGAGUCGAAGAUGUUGUAUGUGAGAUUGUUUCAGAGAAAAUAUAAAUGGUUCCGAACAAGCAACAUUAAAUAUCCAAAAAUUUCUGAGAACCUGCAACCAUGUUUUGAUGAAUUAAUUAAAACAGGUAAGUAAAAGUUACAAAAAAUUUUUAUAAAAAUUUUUACAAAUUGUUGAAUUGCAGGACGAUAACAAGGUUUGUCAAUGUCUGUUGAGCUCAACAACCUUGUAACAAGUUGUCAACAAGCUGGGAACAAGCAAUGUGAACACAUCCUGUUGACAAGAUGUUGGAACAACAUUGCCAUAUAAGUCUACAUGCUGCAGGUUUGAUACAAGUUGUACAUUUGUAACAUUAAAAUGUUUGCAUUUUUUUUUAAGGUUUUUUACUUACAGAAACAGAACUGGAUGAUUUGACAGCAAUUUUCAACCUGCUACCUGCAGAAGAUGUGCAAGAGUUAGCAAAAUCCAUGCACAUUCACACCAAAGCACAAACCAAGAAAAACCUUGUGAACGCCCUCAUGAAACAAAGCAAAACACAAUGUUCCCUCUUUUCUACUAAUGGAGACAGAAUUGAGAAGGCCAUCAUGAAGAGGUAUAUUAAAGUUUUACAAUGAUUACAAUGACUGACAGACUGAGUCUAUAUUUCAUUUUGCUUCAGUUGUAUCUGAGAUGAAUAUUUCCAGUUCUAUCAGACCCUCAUGCAGGUUUUCUCCUGAGUCUCUUGUGAGAACAGCUAGGGACCGGUUGUUCAAAGCUGGAUUAGCACUAUAACCCUGGGUUAAAAUUUAACCUGCUGUUUUAGUUUGUGUAUUUCUACACGUCUGUUAAUCUGUUUAUUUCAAAACUUCAGAGAAGAAAACUCCCACUGAUUCAGACAAGAUUUCCAAAGAAAUAUUUCCAAAUUUAUAAACAAGCUGUUGGGAUUGAAGUUUGCUUUGAAUUUUAGGUUAACAUAGGGUUAAGCUGAUUGGCUUUGGAACAACUGUCCCCUGAACUGAAAGAGCUUUUCAGUUGAAAGACAGCUUCAGUUUGCAUUAGUUAAUAUUUCAUUUUCCUCAUUUCAGAGCAAAGUCCUUGCUUGGUGCAUGUGUGAAACUCGAGUCUGAAGUAAGAAAUGUUUUCUCACGAGUCAUCUUAUUGUUUACUCUCAACUUGAUGAGGGAUGAUGACGAUAAUUAUGGAGCUCAAUUGUAAGUUUUUAUACUGAUGUCACUUUUACCACCACCCAAUUUUACCCCCACUCAGUUUUAGUCACCACUCAAUUUUACCCCCACCCAAUUUUACCCUCCACCCAAUUUUACCCCCACUCAAUUUUAGACACCACUCAAUUUUACCCCCACCCAAUUUUACCCCCACCCAAUUUUACCCUCCACCCAAUUUUACCCCCCACUCAAUUUUACCCCCACCCAAUUUUACCCUCCACCUAAUUUUACCCUCCACCUAAUUUUACCCCCCACACAAUUUUACCCCCCACACAAUUUUAGUCACCACCCACAUUUACUCCUUCCCAAAUGUCAUCCACCACAAUCCCCUCCCUCCCAAUUUGUUUUUACGCCUGUGUAUCUUGGGGAUCGCGUUCAGGUGUUUUCUGAAGAUAUUUUCUGAGCACACAAGCUUGAGAACUACAAUCUAAUUACUUAUCUAUAUCUUUACAUAUUGCUAUCCUGUGAGUAGAUUUGAGUAAGUGUUAAUGUGUUUGCUCUUAGCAUUAAAUUGAAAUUUAUGCUAACAGGAUUUGUUAAACUUGGGGUUCAGCGCGAUGUGAUUUCUACAUGUACGCUAAACACACUUAUUAUUUGGCAGGUCGUCGAUAUUUUUGAGCAACAUUGGUAAAAUAGUCUACCCGAGCUAUGACAUAUCCAGACACACAGCGAUAUUCCAAGAUAGAGAUGAUGUCAUCAAUUAUGAUUUGGCCAAUCAGGAUCUUUGUCUCAUGGACCAUGCCAUUGAGCGAAAAAAUUUUGAUGAAGCAAUAAAAAUAUAUUGGAAAGUCCAUGAGCAAUAUGUGGAAGCACUGAAGAAAUUGAGUAAUGGGGAUCCUCGUCUGAUUUAUGUAAGAUUUUCGUGAAGUACUUUAUAAGCCAUGAAACGGUAAAAACAGUGCAUUUUUUUCCUAGACUAGAAAACUACUAAAGCUCUGUGAUCGAGAGAAUAUAGUGCAAAUGACGUGAAUUCUGGGACAAAACUAGCCACGUGUAUUUCAAGACCACCACCUACACUGAGAACCAGCAGUUUGAAGUUUAGACUAGUGAGAAUCUGCCACAAAGGACAUGUAUUUCAAGACCACUACCUACACUGAGAACCAACAGUUUGAAGUUUAGACUAGUGAGAAUCUACCACAAAGGGCGUGUAUUUCAAGACCACUACCUACACUGAGAACCAACAGUUUGAAGUUUAGACUAGUGAGAAUCUACCACAAAGGACGUGUAUUUCAAGACCACUACCUACACUGAGAACCAACAGUUUGAAGUUUAGACUAGUGAGAAUCUACCACAAAGGACGUGUAUUUCAAGACCACUACCUACACUGAGAACCAACAGUUUGAAGUUUAGACUAGAGAGAAUCUACCACAAAGGACGUGUAUUUCAAGACCACUACCUACACUGAGAACCAACAGUUUGAAGUUUAGACUAGUGAGAAUCUACCACAAAGGACGUGUAUUUCAAGACCACUACCUACACUGAGAACCAACAGUUUGAAGUUUAGACUAGUGAGAAUCUACCACAAAGGACGUGUAUUUCAAGACCACUACCUACACUGAGAACCAACAGUUUGAAGUUUAGACUAGAGAGAAUCUACCACAAAGGACGUGUAUUUCAAGACCACUACCUACACUGAGAACCAACAGUUUGAAGUUUAGACUAGUAAGAAUCUACCACAAAGGACGUGUAUUUCAAGACCACUACAGUACAUACGCUGUGAACCAACUGUUUGGAGUUUAGGCUAGCCAGAAUGACGUGCAUUUUCCAGACUUAGUAAGACUUUACUUCAAAAGACAUGUCUAGAGUAUUCUGAGAAACAGCGGACUGAGACAAAUGAUAACAUUCUUUCUUUUCCAUACAGUCGGUAAAACUACCAGAACAUUUGCGUCGCUUCACCGCAACGUGGUUAUUUACCAGGAUGUGUUCCCGGGGCGUAGACAUACUACAGCGCAAUAAAAAUUAUGUCGAAGCCGUUGAGUUACUACGUCAAUUGUUGGGGCAGAAUGAAUUCUGUCCAAAUCGCAGAGGAUGGUGGUGGGAACGACUUGCUCUAAAUCUGGAUCAACAUCUGAAGAAACCUGCAGAGG